GCUGCAUUGCUAAACAUCCAUUCCGUCUCAAUACAAGUCGAGCUCCAUUGUUCCCCUCCAAAAUGAAGAUGGUUAUUGCGCUUUUCGUCCUUGGACUGGUCCUGGUCGCAGCCGAGGAUAAGUACACCACCAAGUACGACAACAUCGACGUGGACGAGAUCCUGAAGUCGGACCGCCUGUUCAACAACUACUUCAAGUGCCUCAUCGACACCGGAAAGUGCACUCCCGAGGGCCGCGAGCUUAAGAAGUCCCUGCCGGACGCCCUGAAAACAGAGUGCAGCAAGUGCAGCGAGAAGCAGCGUCAGAACACCGACAAGGUCAUCCGCUACAUUAUUGACAACAAGCCCGAGGAGUGGAAGCAGCUCCAGGCCAAGUACGAUCCCGAGGAAGUCUACAUCAAGCGUUACCGCGCUCAGGCCAACUCCGCCGGAAUCAAGGUCUAAGUUGGCUUUGGCAAUGGCGAAACCCAAUUGUUAUUACGCACACUGUUAAUUAGGUCUAUCUAAAUAUCAUGUCCAUCCAAAUUGUUUAUCCUCCGAUCGUGCGCUGAAUAAAGAGAUUUGUUUUGUACACAA